AUGGUAGAUUUUCCGAAGGACGGAAAUCUGUACGAAUUUAUUGCUGAAGAAGGUCGGAGCAGACGAAGAGCAAAUGAAAUAUGUGAAUUGGUCUGUGACAAUUUGUUUUCUAUUGUUUGUCCAUCACAUCCACAACAAAUGAAGGUUAUUUACAAGGGAUUGGAGUCGCUAAAAUUACAAAAUGAUUUGAACAAGGAGAAAGUAGCAAAGAAUUUGGUAUCUGUAACAUUUUUUGGAAAACGCCAAAUUUCCAUUGUUGCUCAGAGUAUUAUGGCCUCUUCUUAUGAUCGAUAUUCUUGUAGGCACCUCUUGUCUGAUGAAUUAAUGAAGCUAGAUAAUGCUACAGCUGCUUUGUUCGCCUUUGGUGAUUCAGAGGUGCUACCUAUUGCCAUUAAACUUGCUCACCCUGUCUUUGUUAUGGGUUCGGGUGAAAAUGAUCCUCGUCUGGUGGCUGCCAGUAAAACAAAGUCUAAAGAAAUGAUUAUUGCUGCUUAUGAAUGGGGUCAAAGACACUUUGGGGAAAACUAUGUGUUGGAGAAAUGCAGUGAGAUUAAGUGGCAUUUUAUAGGUCAUCUCCAGAGAAACAAGGUCAAUAAACUUGUUGCUGUUCCCAACUUGUAUAUGGUGGAGACAGUUGAUUCAGAGAAGUUAGCUGAUGUUCUUAAUAAAGCCUGGGAGAAAUUACAGAGCAGUCAGAAGCUUAAAGUUAUGGUUGAAGUAAAUACCAGUGGUGAGGACAGUAAAAGUGGUGUGGACCUUGGAAGAGUUUCUUCACUAGUCAAUCACAUCAUGGAUAAAUGCCAGAAUCUGGAGUUUACAGGUCUAAUGACAAUAGGAGCAUUUGACCAUGACGUUUCUUCUGGGCCUAAUCCUGAUUUUCAAAGGCUAGUAAAAUGUAAACAGGAUACAUGCAGCCAUUUGGGUUUGGAUGUAAACAAAGUUGAACUCAGUAUGGGAAUGUCAGGAGAUUUUGAACAUGCAAUUGAAGUUGGAAGUACAAAUGUGCGUGUUGGAAGUAAAAUAUUUGGACCUCGUAGCUAUCCUCAAAAGAACACAGACUAAUAUAUAUAGGUAUCCUGGAACCAAUAGAAACCUAACCAAGAAAGACAACAUUGAGUUUCAUUUCAUUAACUUGUUUAUUAUUACUUUAGUUAUUGACAAAGUUUCUUCACUGAUACAAAGUUUUUUUUAUCUAAAAGUCUAUCUUUUGUAAGAAAUAUUAAGAUUAUUCACAUUUACGUGAGUUAUGGUUAUUUUCAAGUGCUGGGCAUGUUCUAGUUGUUGUCGUGCCUAGACAUGAGUCCAGGGAAUCCACACUUUUGGGUCAUGGGUGGGCUAUAAGAGUGGUGGUCACAUACCACUAUUUAUUUAGAUAUCCCAAGAGUUGGCAGUGAAUAACUGCUUUCUCUUUAGUCUAUCAGUUCAGAAUUAGGGAUGACUUUUCACAGAUAUAAUUUGAAUAAUUUUUUGCAAGUAUUCAAGACAAUGAAAUAGUUUUAUCUUAGGUACUGUUCUAGUGAUGUGUAAGCAUUAAUGUUUUUAUGUAUACCAUCUUUUAGACUUGCUUUAUUUUUAAUUUAAGUGAUACAAUCUGAUUGAUUAGGAUGUGAAGCUGGAGUAUCUAUCUGAUAAAUAAGAAAACUUUAUCAUAGAGGCAUUUCUAUGAAGUAAAUAAAUGGAUAUUUAUGAGAUAGUUUAACAGUUAACUUACUUUGAACCAAGUUGAUGUACAUUGUAAUAUAGUGUGGUCCAAUUAUGUAUGACCUUCACCACAACAGUUGCUCAGAUAUUGCUUUAUUUUGUAUGUAGUUUGUUAAUAAUGGUUUCUUCAGAAAUGUUACUUAGAAUUUCUAGAAUAUUUAAAACUUUAACUAGACACACACCAAAAACGUUUGCGUUGAAAGAUAGGCAAGAGGUUAAUUUUAUAUAAAGGACUAGUGUGAACUUUCAGUAUGUUUAAUGGCUUGUAUCCCCACAAUAGAAUGAGAUAAGAAUUACUGUAAUUUUUAGGGUUUGAAUGUGUGUAAUGUUGUAUGAUUCAUUUGUAAAAUUGUAUGUGAAGAGGAAUUGAUAAUUAAUAACAUGUUGUAAUAGAGCUUCUUGACCAGUUACCCUUGAUACAAUAUGUUUAAUUUAUUGUAGUAAUAAAUUCUGUUGAAUGUAUUAACAAUUGGUAAGCAACUAUAUUUUUAAGCAGAACAAACAAAAAACUUAAAGCAGUUUUUCUUAACUUAUGUAAUAAUGAAUUAACUUUAGUUAGAACUGUUGAAACAUGGUUUAAGUGUACCAAAUAUAGCACUGGUGUUUUGUAUUUCUUGUAUGGAGAUAUUUGCUGCUUUGAGAGAUCAGUACAUUGCAGAUUGUGUACCAAAUAAUAAUUAUUGGUAUUGUGACUAUUAGAUUCUCAGUAUUAAUGUCAAUAGGCAGUGAGUUUGUAUUGUGUCUUAUGAUUAUAAGAUGUAUUGUUCUAGAAGAAUAAAGUGCAUCGUUUUCUUGAUUAUCAGA